UUUCCAAGAAAAAUGUCAUUAAAUGUUAUUUUAACACUUUGAUGCUAGAUUUCUUUUUUAACCGUUAUUUGCCCUUAACGAAGUUUAAUGAUUUGCAACAUGUUUUAUAAAUUUGUUAAUGGAAUUUUGGCCAAUAUUGAUUAGUUGCUUCAUAUGCAUUUUGCACUAAAAUGAACACGAAUGCCUUUUAAUGCCUUGAUUGAUGUUUUAUAAUGGGUUUAAUGUGUAGCUGCUAGUUACAAACAUUUAUGAAGUGUUAAUCAAAAAGCAUGCACGUUUUCUCCCUAAACCCCAUGUCAAAUAUUACUGUAACAUUACAUGUAAAAUACUGUAACGACUGCUAACAUAAAAAAAAAUAACUGAACUCAGUGAUUCAAUUAUAAUGUAGACUGUUGGACAAAAACGUUAAAAGAAAUGGUAACAAAAUAAAUGUUUGAACAAAACAAAAAAAAUCCAAAUAAUGGAAUGAAAAGUGAAUUUUACUUUUUAAAAAAACAUCACUGAGGGGUAUUCUGUUUUUUCCGAAAUGUCCCUUAACGCCCCAGAGCAGCGUUUCCGGUGUUCACUGUCACGUGACAGGCGAGCUGGUUUCUAGUGACAAAUCAACGGCUGCUGCUUAUGCUACAAGUUUGUUGACUUUUCGUCUUUUUGUCACCUUCUCUCUCUACUGCGAGGGACUCGCCGCCGACAUGGACAACAGCGGCAAAGAGAAGGAAGCCACAGCGUUGAUGGCGGAAGCCGAAAGGAAGUUAAAGUCGUCUCAGUCGUUUUUUGGGGCUCUUUUCGGAGGUUCCUCCAAGCUGGAAGAAGCCUGCGACAUGUACGUAAGGGCAGCCAACAUGUUCAAAAUGGCCAAGAACUGGUGCGCUGCGGGAAACGCCUUCUCUCAGGCAGCCCGGCUCCACCUGCAGAUGCAAAGCAAACACGACGCGGCUACUAAUUUCAUCGACGCAGGAAAUGCCUUUAAAAAAGCUGAUCCUCAAGAGGCCAUCAACUGUCUAAACCGAGCUAUCGAGAUAUAUACAGAUAUGGGUCGCUUCACCAUCGCGGCCAAGCAUCACAUAAGCAUCGCCGAGAUCUACGAGACUGAGUUGGUGGACAUUGACAAGGCCAUCGCUCACUAUGAACAAGCAGCAGAUUAUUACAAAGGCGAAGAAUCCACUAGUUCGGCCAACAAGUGCCUCCUGAAGGUUGCCACCUACGCCGCCCAGCUUGAGCAGUACCCCAAAGCCAUCGAGAUCUACGAGCAGGUGGGCACUCACGCCAUGGACAGCACGCUGCUCAAAUACAGUGCCAAGGAUCACUUCUUCAAGGCGGCGCUGUGUCACUUCUGUGUGGACAUGUUGAACGCCAAACUGGCUGUGCAGAAGUACGAAGAGAUGUUUCCAGCGUUUUCCGACUCAAGAGAGUGCAAACUGUUGAAGAAACUUCUAGAUGCCUACGAAGAACAAAAUGUGGAUGCCUACACCGACUCAGUAAAGGAGUUCGAUACUAUCUCGCGGUUGGACCAGUGGCUUACCACAAUGCUCCUACGGAUCAAGAAGACCAUACAGGAGGAGGAGAGCGACCUGCGUUGACGUCCUCGCCGCCCUCGCCACAUGUGGCGUCUUGUGUGUUUGCAUUGACUCUCCACCCCUGUCGCUCCUAUUAUCUUUAAAGUUACGUCUGCAGGUUCUGAGCUCGUAUUUUGGCCUGCUUAAAAUUCCUUGUAUUUACUCCUUGGUUGCCAUUGAUGGCGAUAGACUUCAAAUCCGUUUGUACUGGAAGUGCUGGCAGUAAUCAUGGAAGUUGAAAAAAUGGGCUAUGACAAGGCUCCAAUCGUUGCCAGCGUCUUCAAGUUCAAAUGAAUUUGGACGUCUUAUCACCGUCACUGGCACUAAAACAAUCAUUUCCCUCAGCACGUAAAUCUCGUUUAUCCUGAAGGACUUUGUGUGCUGUUGUUCCACACGUCAUAAAAAGAUUUUCCUCCAACAGGAUGUUAAUUAAAAACCUUUAACUGUACAGGCAAUGUUUUAAGUUACAUUUUAACAUUCCCCGCUGUCAUAUGAGUGCAACCAUAAUUUAACCACUGUAUAAAAAAGACAAAGCUAAAAUGAGAUGAAACCCUCAACCCAAACCCACCUCAACUUUUGUAAAAGCUUGACAGACAUGUCAUUGAGAUGCAAUAGGACCUGUUUUCAAAGCAAUACGACACCUAAUGGCCUUCUACGGUACUGACUGAUUGGUAAAAAGCACUGCUUCGUGUCGUGUUUUUCUCAAAUUGUGUUUUAAAAUAAAAUGAAGUGGUUACUCAGCUUUUGUUAAGGGUUGUACAACCUUUUCUCUUCUGCCAAUUUUCCCAUUAAAUUGUAUGAUAGAGCAAAAACAGAUUUAUUUCCAGUUCUCUGAUGUGUAUGUACAGAAAUACUUAUUGGGAAUAAAAAUAAAAACGUUACUGUAUCGGUAAA